CAGACCGACCGAGUCUCUCUAAAGAAACUUAAGUAAAUAUUGCCUGAGACCAACUUCAGCCUCGCUUCGGUGUGUUAUGUCAUCUAGCGUUACUGUAAACCAACCUUGUGUUCACCUGGUUCUGCUGGGCGGGAUUACACGAGAGUUGACCUACGGCAACGCUAAACUAGCGGGCUAAGCUAACUCGACAACAUGCUCGCGCGCAUGCUAUUCAACCUCCUGAACAACCACCGCGUCGUGGAGAAGUUGGCCGAGUCUCGUCCGAUCCGCAGGGCGGCCCAGAUCACGGCCUACGCCAUCACCAAGGCCCAGAUCGCCGGCCGGGACGCCUCGCAGCGGGUCCUGCGGUCACAGACGCUGCGGCAGGUCCGGGACGAGGCUGGCAAAGUCCCCGGGGACGUGGGGGAGAUGGGCAGCCGGCUGAAGAGAGUCGGGGAGACGUUUGUGAGUGAGGUGAAGGGAGGGUGGAAGGACGCCUCCAGGGGGAUCAAGAAGUGAGGACGCUCAAGGGACCGUGGAUGGUCACCUUUUGAUGGCCAGGGUCAAUCAGCCGACAGCAUGUCUGGUUUUCCUGGUGCGUUGAUGCAACAGUGACUGAUGGAGUUGAGUUGAAAUGCGACGUGUGAACAAUAUGUCUCACUGAUGCAACACAACAGAUAUAUUACUUGGGAAAAUGUACAUAUUGGGGAAGAUAUGAUGAUGAUAUGUACAGACAAUGAAUUAAUUCCCCAUUUGUUUCUGACUGUAUGAAUAAAUAUUAUAAUUUAUAACAGCACUUUGACUACGAGUCAGUGCAUAUAUUAAAAUUGAAAUAAAACAA